UAAUAAAAACAAUACGAUUGAGGCAUUACCAUUCUGUUAUUGAUCUUUGUUUCCAGUAUGUUGUGACUUAACAAAUAUAUAUCUUUAGCCUAUAUAAUGAACAGUAGGACCUACUAGUGAAAUUACUUAUAAAGUAGGCCUACUCAAGAUAGGCCUAAGCGGUGAGAUAAAACUUCUUGGUGUGUUUACAAAUUCAUCAUAAACACAAAUCAGGAAGCAUACGGCUACAAUCAUAUGUAACAUCAUAUGUGGCGAUCCAAAUUUACAAGGCAGGGAUGAAGAACUACAAUAACCAGUACUUGUAGACUUAAGAAAGAAAAGAAAUUAUAAAAUAACGAUUUAACAGUAAAGGCUAGGAGAGAAUGAAAUAUUGAAAUGGCAGGUUUUAAUAUUGACCAUUGCUUACUAUAAAAGUUGCUAUUUGAGGAGAAACAGACAUUCAAAUCACCAGCUAUUUGUAUCUGAAUGUUUUAAUUUACUACAUAACUGCCGCUAAAGGGGGCAGAGUUAGUUACUUGAUACCGCGCAUUACAUAGCAGGUUCAACAGGCAACAAACACCUGCUGGUCACAUGACUCAUCUCACAUGACAGUCACGAGGAGGUGUAAUUUUAAGCAAAAUGGCGAACGGCUUGUUGUUCGCGACGUUUUUGUCUCUUAUGUGUUUUGGGAUUUCAUCUGAACUGAAGUAUCUAAAGCAUAAUAAAGCGUGCUAUGACAGGAACUAUGACAUCGGGAAGCAAACUAUCAGGACAUACCCUCGACCUCAUGAGUACAUGAGCAUUAAGGCUGUCCCCAAGGCGUGGGAUUGGAGAAACGUGAACAAUACAAACUUUGUGUCUGUCACAAGGAAUCAACACAUUCCUCAAUACUGUGGUUCAUGUUGGGCCAUGGGAACAACCAGCGCCCUGGCGGAUCGCAUCAACAUAAAGCGAGGGAACGCCUGGCCCUCUGCCUACCUCUCUGUACAAGAUGUCUUGGACUGUGGCGACUCGGGCACCUGUCAUGGCGGAGGGAUGAUAGGGGUGUACGAGUACGCACACAAGCGUGGUAUACCUGAUGAGACGUGCAAUAAUUAUCAGGCCCUUGAUCAAAAAUGUGAUCCUUUCAACGAGUGCGGCACUUGCAGCACAUUUGGCCAGUGCUAUUCUAUUCAGAACUACACUAGGUGGAGAGUGGGUGACUACGGCAAUGUAGAGGGCAGAGACAAGAUGAUGAUGGAGAUUUAUGAGAAAGGGCCAAUUGCCUGUGGCAUCAUGGUGACAGACAACUUUGAAAAAUACAAAGGUGGAAUUUAUGCCGAGGACAAGUGGUUUGUUCUUGUAAACCACAUUGUGUCAGUGGUAGGCUGGGGAGUAGAGGAUGGGGUGGAAUAUUGGAUAGUAAGGAAUUCUUGGGGACAGCCAUGGGGUGAGCAGGGCUGGUUCAGAAUUGUCACCAGUGCCUAUAAAGGUGGGAAAGGCAAUGAUUACAACCUGGGGAUAGAAUCUGGCUGUGUGUAUGCUGAUCCUAUAGUGUAGAACUAUUGAUCCUAUUGUGAAGCUAUGAAAUGUGCUGGCACACCUAACACAAUCCAAGAUCUUUGCCAUGUCCUUAAGUUUCACACCUGACGCAAUAUUAUGUAAAGCGUUCGUUUUUCUUAUCCCACUAUUCUCAAUUGAAUAGCUUUCGAUAUGAAAUGUUAAAAUGUUGGUAAUUUGGCAAGUUAUUUAAGAUUGCAAACUAAUUUUUGUGAAGUACAUUUCAAGUACGGAAAUUGAAAUUUUUAUGUUUUUGGAUGCAUUAAAGAUAAAAUUUAAUUAUCUAAAAUGCGGCAAACCAAAUACUUGGUAGAUGGUCCUAAUGAAUAUCCAGCAAUUUAUGUGUUAUAUUAUAAGCAAAUGUUUGCUUUUAUCUUACAAUGAUUAUAACUUUCAUAAGAACAGGAGCGUAAUAUCAUCCAUUUGCAGAGACUGCUGUUUGGUGAUUUCUUUAAGAGCACAGAAACAUUUUAUGCACAGAAUUCUUUUUGCAUAAUACGUAUGUUUUAAUGAAUACUCAAUAUCCAGAGAAUUUGUAGAAAUCCACUAUAUUUGUGCAGCUUUUUAAUGUUAAAAUUUUAUUUGUGUUCGUCUGUGUUGGCAUGUUUUUGACUUCUUUCUUCAGCUUCAUGGCAUGAUCUCCAAAAUACAAAGCAUCCACAGCUGACACCAUUUUUUAAAAAUAUGUAUAUGUGAUGUAUAGACUUAAUGGCUUGUAUUAUAUACAUUAUCCUUUGUAGACAUAACCUUUAGUUGGGAUUUUGCAGGUGUAUAACUUUAAAAAACUGUGUGGAUUUCAAUAUUAUUAGAUCACAAGAUGAUAAAUCUUAUGAAAUAUCAGGUAUAAGCAGCUGCCAUUUGCUAACGAAGUUCCUUGAAAAUCGGUAAAAGAAAGAUCACUCUGAAAGUAAAAAGAACACUCUAAUAGCUGUAUUGUUUUGCAUUUAUAUAAAUCACGAAGAAAGAAGGUACAAGAGCUCAGAAGUAAUUUGAGUCAUUGAUUGAAGUUCAAGAUUAAGUACGGAGAAAAGUACAGCUGACUGUAUGUGUACUGUUAAUUAUUUCUCACACAUCAAGAUAAUGUGUAGAAAUAUUACAGGUUUUUUAGUCCCUGAUGACUGUGAUGACAAUAUAUUCUGAUAUCUCUCCUGUUUUGAUAAAUCCAUUUUUGUGUGCUUGUUAUCUGAUUUACAAAAUCGGCAUAAUUAAUUGCUGUUUUUGCUUGUCAAGCAAUUUAAACAGGAGUCUGCAACGUUUAAGAUGAAUUUGAAUGAAAAAUCAAUCUAUGCAUACCGCAGAUGCUGUGUCUUGAAAGUGUUAUUUAAAUAAAUAAAAAAUCAGAUCAAAGGAA